UUGGGGCACCAGCAUGUGUGUAAAUUAGCACAUUGUUGAUUGACAAACCUUGCAUGGUUUGAGAAGCCAGUAUUUUACGAUGUCCACUCCACCCUUAGCCCUGUCUGAUAGAGAGAAGGGAGCUCUGGCUACAUUUUGGGUAAAGAUCACCCCUGAUUGGACUGCUCUGGGUGCAGCGGCUAUGUACAGGCUUAUCCUGAUCCAUGAUGAUGCCAGGGAGCACUACAGCCAAUUCGACUUGAGUGAAAACUCCCCUGAUCUCCGUGACCAUGGUGUUAAAAUCAUAAAUGCCUUUGGAAAUGCCAUCAAGAACAUGGACAACCUUCCAGAUGCCAUCUGUGACCAGAAUGGCCUGCCUAUGAAUGUUCUACAUGUAGAAACCCAGCAUUUCUGGUGUAUGUGUAUGGCUAUUCAAAUUACGCUGGUCGCCCACUAUAAAGAGGACUUCACUGGUGAGUGUCUUUCUGCCUGGACAAAGUUUAUUUAUCACCUUUCCAAUGCCCUGGCAGACAAACGCAAGUAAUGCAGCAAUAUAUCGUGCGAGAAGACUCCUUGCAACAAAGAACCCAAGUCAACGCUUUAUUUAUUAUAAACCUUUAAAUGUUCUAAAUUCCUCUUCUUUUUUUAAACCUCAUGAGCGCUUUGUUUAACCCACUGUGUAUCCAUUAGCCAAAAACCUCCCUUCAGUCUCGUCUAACUGGUGAAAAUAAA